UCUCUAGGGAGAGAGGGAGAUGUGUGUGUAUGUCUGUCUCUGUCUGUCACAACCUGGCCUUCUGUCUGUCAGACAGUCUCACAAAAUGGCCCAUCAAGAGCCCCGCUGAUUAAAUCAAGACUUCCAUAACAAUUCCCAUAAUCACCUGCGUCAUAUACAACAGAGACACAUCCUGACUCAGGGCUUAUCGAUAUGACCACCCCGGAGCGCAAGCUGUGCUCGUCGACGCCAGGGCCUCACCAUCCCCAUCUGUCUCGGCGUCCUCAUGAAUAUUCGGUGUCUGGGGUGAUGACGUCGGGCCCCUCCCGGUAAGGAGAGUUUUGUAACAGGGUCACGUUGCGCUGCGGCACUGAACGAACAGACCUCCGAACAGCAGCAGUCCACCGUCUACUCUCCUCUACACCGAAGACAACACCUGCCCAUAACCUAUUUAACUAGAUAACUACAAUAUUAUCAGGAUGCCUCACCAGUACCCAGCUCUGACCACAGAGCAGAAGAAGGAGCUGCAGGAGAUAGCAGAGAGGAUCACGGCUCCGGGGAAAGGAAUCCUGGCUGCAGAUGAGUCCACCGGCAGCAUGGGUAAGCGUCUCAACCCCAUCGGUGUAGAGAACACAGAGGAGAACCGUCGUCUGUAUCGCCAGCUGCUGUUCACGGCUGAUGAGAGAAUGGAUGCUUGUAUUGGUGGAGUGAUCUUCUUCCACGAGACUCUCUACCAGAACGCUGAUGACGGGACCAACUUCUCCCAGCUCAUCAAGGACAGGGGGAUUGUAGUGGGCAUCAAGGUGGAUAAAGGUGUUGUCCCACUGGCCGGAACCGAUGGAGAGACCACAACCCAGGGUCUGGAUGGCCUGGCAGAGCGUUGUGCUCAGUAUAAGAAGGAUGGAGCAGACUUCGCUAAGUGGCGUAGCGUCCUGAAGAUCAGCGACAACACCCCCUCAGAACUCGCCAUCAUGGAGAACGCCAACGUACUGGCACGCUACGCCAGCAUCUGUCAACAGAACGGCAUCGUUCCCAUCGUGGAGCCUGAGAUCCUUCCUGACGGAGACCAUGACCUGAAACGUUGUCAGUACAUCACUGAGAAGGUUCUGUCUGCGGUGUACAAGGCCCUAUCAGACCACCACGUCUAUCUGGAGGGGACCCUGCUGAAGCCCAACAUGGUGACUCCCGGACACUCCUGCCCCCAAAAAUACACUAACGAGGAGAUCGCCAUGGCUACGGUCACUGCCCUCCGCCGCACCGUACCCCCUGCUGUCACAGGUGUGACGUUCCUGUCAGGGGGCCAGUCAGAGGAGGAGGCCAGUAUUAACCUGAACGCUAUCAACACCUGUCCUCUGGGUAAACCCUGGGCCUUGACCUUCUCCUAUGGUCGUGCCCUGCAGGCCUCAGCCCUCAAUGCCUGGAGAGGAGAGAGAGACAACGAGAAGGCUGCUGCCGAGGAGUUCCUUAAACGGGCUGAGGUGAACGGUCUAGCUGCCCAGGGGAAGUAUGAGUCAACAGGAGACAGCGGAGCGGCGGGACAGUCUCUCUACGUGGCCAAUCACGCGUACUGAACACCCCAGGCCACGCCUACAUCACAACCCACCGCUGCAGCCCCUCCCCUCACCCACCAACCACAGACCUGCGUUGUCUACCGUAUUUUAGAAACAGCAUCGUUGUCGUGGCAACAUAACGAUGUGGUUAAUAUGAGUAUUAAUUAGUAUGGGGAGUUGAUGAUGAAGUGGAUGCUGAAGGGAGAGAGGGCGGUAUCCUGAAGAAGCUUUAUUAAGUCCCAAAUGGAGUCCUAUUCCCUAUAUAGACCUGGUCUAAAGUGGUGCACUAUAUAGGGAAUAGGGUGCCAUAGGGCUCUGGUCUAAAGUAGUGACCAACCAGAGACAAGAUAACAUCAGAUAGGGACCAAUCAGAUACUAGAUUACAUCAAACAGUGACCAACCAGAGAGAAGAUAACAUCAGAUAGGGACCAAUCAGAUACUAGAUUACAUCAAACAGUGACCAACCAGAGAGAAGAUAACAUCAGAUAAGGACCAAUCAGAUACUAGAUUACAUCUGACAGACAACAGGGUGUGACAUGUUGAGUUCCAGGAAUGAGUAAGAAGAGAGGGAUGAGAGAGGAGGGAGAAAGAGGAGAGAGAUAGUGAGAGGAGGGAGAGAGAGAGUGAGAGGAGGGAGGGAGGGAGAGAGAGAGAAGAGAGAGAGAGAGAGAAGAGGGAGGGAGGGAGGGAGAGGAGAAGGAUGAGAGAGGAGAGAGAUAGGGAGAGAGGAGGGAAAAAGAGAGUAAGAGGAGGGAAAGAGAGUGAGAGGAGGGAGAGUGAGAGAGAGGAGGGCGGGAGAGAGAGAAGAGGGAGAGAGAGAGGUACCAAUGUCAGGUAGAGACUGAACACAAAGGGUGGAAGGACAGACAGACAAACAGCUAACCACUGACCACCAAGUCUCAUCCUCUAACCUCUGUCUUUUUCUCACACACCUAACUAUCUAGCUAUCAAUCAGUCAAUCAAUCGAUCAAUAAACUACUGAUAAUAACUUUAUUACUUGCCAUCUAAAACAGUUGCUGGGAAUGGCCAGUGUGUUUUAACAGUUUGUGUGAAUGGCCCAGUGUGUUUUAACAGUUUGUGGGAAUGGCCCAGUGUGUUUUGUUUGUGGGAAUGGCCAGUGUGUUGUCUAGGACUACUGCACUUCUCUGAUUAUAAUAAUAGCUUUAAAGUACACAAUCAAUGUGUUAUUAUGUGUUGUGUUGUAACCUUGUAGUUAUUAUGUGAUGCUUCUGUGUCUUACUCUGUGUCUUACUCACCCCCUUUCCCCCACCGGUGGAACAGUCCGGAGGUGAGGGUGAAUCCUAUUGGCUGGUCUGGGUGGAGUGUGGGGUUUGUAGGGGGGGGCCAGUAAGUCAGUCACUACUGUGUUGGAAUACUGUGACGUUUGUUGAUGUUCCUUUGUUUGUUUGUUGUUCUCGAAAGCGCUUUGCUGUGAUGAAUAGUGGGAAAAAUUACAGAAAAUCUACAAUAAAUAUGGCAAAAUAGUUAGAAACAUU